GCCCGGGUGGGACGGGGCCGAAAGCUGAGCUGCGCUUUGGGAGCGUCCUGACACAGCCCAGCAGCUGCCCGCAGCCUGGGACUGACAUUUCCAGGCACUCGGAUGCGCCAGGAUUUCGGGAGCCCUGGCGGUUCCCCCCGCUCCGGAGCGAGAUGGACGAGAGCAAGCCCCUGAAGGUCCGGCUGGCGUUCUCCGUCAUCCUGGUGGGCAUCUCGCUGCUCUUCGCCGCCGUCGUGACUGACCACUGGGCCGUGCUCAGCCCCAGCCUGGAGGAAAACACCACCACCUGCGAGGCCGCUCAUUUCGGGCUCUGGAGACUCUGCACCAAGCGGAUUUUCAUGCAGGAGCAAGGUCCCAAAGAGAAGAGCUGUGGGCCCAUCAGCCUGCCAGGAGACCACAACUGCUCCUACUUCAAGCACUUCACUCCAGGAGAGACCUCGGAGAUAUUUGAAGUAACCACCCAGAAAGAAUACAGCAUUUCAGCUGCAGCCAUUGCCAUCUUCAGCGUUGGCUUUGCAAUCAUCGGGACAAUCUGUGUCCUCUUGUCCUUCAGGAAGAAGAGGGAUUAUCUGCUGAAGCCAGCAUCCAUGUUCUACACCUUUGCAGGUCUCUGCAUCAUCAUCUCUGUAGAAGUCAUGAGACAAUCCGUGAAGAGGAUGAUUGACAGCAAGGAGACAGCCUGGAUCAAGUACAGUUACUCCUGGUCCUUCGCCUGUGCCUGCGCCUCCUUCGUGCUGCUCUUCGUCUGCGGCAUCGCCCUCCUCCUCAUCGCGCUGCCCCGCUUCCCCCAGAACCCCUGGGAGACCUGCAUGGAUGCAGAACCAGAGCACUGAUGGUCCCUGCACCCAGGAAAAAUAUCCAGAAAGUGCUCUGAAAAUAUUUGUAUUUUUUUAAAAUGUCUGGGUCUCACCACACAAUGUGCUCUCCAUCAAGUGAGUCAUUACUGAGCCAAGGCAGGUUUGAUUGCAAUUGUUGCUUUCUUUUUCUUUUCCUCUCUUUUUUCCUUUCUUUUUUCUCUCUUUUUUGAUUCUUUUUUUUUCCUUUUCCUUUUUUUUUAAGAAAGCAGAAAGACCACUCAAUACCAUCAUGGGUGUGUGUGAAUGGCACUGCUCUGUGCCAAUUUGGGGCUGCUCUGUGCUGAUGCAGUUGAGGGGAAAU